AUCAAUAUCUCACUGGGGCGUGGCGUCCGUCAGUCAACAAGUCAAUGAAUGCAUUCAUUGACAGCAUAUAUGUGCCCUGGUGACGUCAGCUGUCAGAGCGGCCCCGGCGGGAUGAGGACAGCGCAAAAGAGCACGCUGCCCCCACACCGACAGUACCAGCAUCGCAGCUGACAACCACCAGGGCAACAAUCCUCGCUGAUAACUUUAGUGACACCCAGAAGCGCCAUACACACGCACCCUGUCCCUCGCGAUGCACCGCUCCCGUUCUGACCAUGUCACGACCAUGCGCGACGUCAGCUUGUCCCGAUGAAUGUUGGGACCCGCUACAUCACGCAGCGCCACCACAUGCACAGCACAAGAGCGACGAGUACGGACGAUAAAGCUCUCAAAGCACCCUCACACGGUCAGGGUAGGUCGACAAAUAUUUAAGGGUCCCUCUCCUCUAUCAGUCAGUGAGUCAGUCAUUGAGCGGCAGGGCAGCUAUCUCUUCUUGAAUCCGUAUUUCUUCCUCUCGUAGAAGAGGUCUGUCCUCGCAGAACCCAAAUUGACUAUCUUGGGACACCCGUCACGCUGACAUCACAGAGACCAGCCAGGGACGAGAGGGUGGCCUUGCCUGUGUGUGGUCCUGUGUGUGUGUGUGUGUGUGUCGUGUGGCUUCCGUACGUCUUUUUCGCACUGUGUGCAUUCCUUGCAGUAGUAUGCGUCAGAGAUGCCCGGCCCGCCACAGAUUACGCAACGACCCUGAUUGAGUCGACACAGCAAACACCCACACACAUGACAUGUGCUCCCCUCUGUCUGUGUGGCUGUGGGUAUCCCUCUUUAUUGUGUGUAUCCCUGUGUCCCUGUAUACCUGGUAUGAUCCGUAGUUGCAUUCGUCGCAGAUGCGCACGAUGGUGUGCGGCCUGACGUACGAGUCGCAUAUCACACACUUGCCGUCGCACUUCUCGCACAGCCGACCGAUGGCUGACAGACAGACAUCACACAGACAGACAGUCACGUCACACACAGAGAGGCGGCGACAGAGACAGAACACACGACGAUAUAUGGCGAUGUCCCUCCUCCCUGUGAGCGCUCCGCUCCCCCAGUCAGUGUGAUGCAGGCGGCCUUACCAAUGCCUGGUUGCUUGCGGCACAUGAUCAGGUCGGGAUCUGACACACGCAGCCAGCAUGACGCACAGCAACAGAUAGAUGGAUGUGGUGAGAGGGUGAGCACUGCUGGCGGCAGUGAGGGAAGACAUCCGGCUUACGAUGCUUCGCCAUGAUGCGAGAUCCUUCAGCUCGAGCAAAAGGAACGAGGUGCCACAGAGAUAGAGCACAGAGAGCCUGUCAGAAUGCGCUUGACGCCGCUUUUUCCCCUUCGAGUACGAAG